AUGCAUAAUGAGCCCACACUCAUCAGAUUGGAAUGCCUUGGCCCAAUCAGUUAUCAGACUGGAAUGCCAAUAUGCAACAGGUUCAAUCAAUCAUCAGACUGGAAUACCGAGGGUUUGUCGGUAUGCCGCCUUAACCCAACCGCUCUUCUCGAGCCUCCGUGCAUACACCUUACAGCCGGCCCGCACCAGGAACCAAGCUGCCAAGCUGAUGAUGGAGCUAAUACUGCAAUAGUUGAUGACUAUGAACCAUUUAUAGAUGAUUACUCACUUUAUGCUGAUUAUGAUGCUGAGUUUAAUGUUCAAACUUCAUUUGAACAACAACCAAAAGUGGAUUAUCAAGAAGGUAUGGUGAGUGAUGAUAGUGGAGAGGCUUUCUAUUCUGAGAGUGACCAUGGUUCUGAGGAUGGUGGAGAUGAUUCUGAUGACAAUGAAUACAAUGUGGAUGAGUCUAACAUACAAUUUGAUGUAGAUGUAGACAUGAGUGAAUUCCAUAAUGAUGUUGAUGUAGAUGAAAAUGGAAUCUUGAACAAUCAUUCAAAAGAUGAAGGGAAUGACAUGGUUGAUGAUGAGUUGGAAGUUAUUGCCACUGAUGAUUAUCAAUUUGCGGGAUUUAAUGAAGAUGAUAGGAAGAGACUGCUAAAAGAGUUGAGUAAGUCAAGUACAUGCUCACAUGGAGAGGUUCAUGUAAAACCAUUUCAGAUUGGCCAGGUCUUCAAAACCAAGUGUGAUGUUAAAAACUACAUGGACUCACAUGCUGUAGCAACAAGGAGGUCUUUAUACCUAGCAAAAAAUGACAAAAUCUGGAUUAGGGUGAAUGUAGAGGUGUUGUAA